AUGUGCUUUCUCUAUAGCCGAGAAGAAAAGAAAUUGGUGCAUUCUGAGGCAAAGCCGAGCACAUGCCCAGAUAUCACACCGCACUACGAAGCAGCACAGAGCUACCCAGCUGACGUGUUGUUGACCUGCCCCCUCUGCACGUUUGACGAGAGGGCACUGCAGGAUCAGCGGCAGGAAGAUCUGAGAAGGCAUGGAGACACUGCAUCCAUUACAGACACUGGAAGGCACGUCACCGUGUCGGCCGAGACGUGGCCAGAGCUUGUGAAUUGGAACGUGUUUCACAAGUAG